AUGGCUCGUUUCAAUCUCUCCUUCCUUUCUAUUCUGCUCAUGCUGGCAGUCCUUGCUGUUUCUGUGCCUGUCAAGCGUGAUGGAGCAAGCCCUCUCAGCCUCGAUGGCACCCUCAGUCAGUUAAAGGGUGCCACUGGCCUCAUGGACGGCCUCACCAAGGACAGCAAGGCCAAGCCGGAUACCUCUCGGGAGGAUGCUAAGAAACAAGCAGCCGAAAUCGAGGCAAAGGUCGCUAAGAAGAUGGAGGAGGAUCGGGAGGCCGAAGCAAAUGGCAACCCUGCUCCUACUGCUACCCACAGCAACAAGCUUUCCUCUGGCAAUUUCGUUACCCCGACUGCCACCCCUACCCAAAAGCCCACAACCCAGCCCAACGCGUUGGGCAAGGUUCCUAUCGUUGGCGGUAUCCUUGGUGGCUCUGGAAUCGGUCUCUAA